CAGAGCGUGUGGCCUGGAAACUGUGCAGUUAAGGCCCAAGGUUUGAAAUUAGUGUGUUACGUGUAAAGUAUCAUUUACCACCGAUACCGCUACAUAUUGCCCUGUUUCACACUGCAUCGGGCUAUUUCGGUCCGAUACAGGUGCUGAUGCACCCAUAUUGUUCAUGGGCAAUAUGUACUGUUUUUGGAUGCUACUUUAAACCUUGGUGGGGCCCACCUUUUCAAUGAUUGGGGCUGUUCGUCUGGUGGGGCCUUGUUUUAUAUCUGAUAUGCCUGAAAGAUCUUUGCCUUUGGAUGUAAAUUUUAUACUUGCAUUCUUUUUUGCGUGGCUAGUGCCUUGGUGGCUAAUUAAUAAAAGGACGGUUAUCCUUAACAAAAUAAAAAAUAAAAAAUUCUGCCGUUGGAUGAUAUUCGACUAUCUAAUUGUUGGAUUGAAAUGAAUGGUUUAGCCAGUGAUCCACUUUCAAUGUGAAAACCUAUUCAUUUUGGUCCCGGAAGUUAGAUGGUAUGGGCUGCUGAAAGAUUGGCCGUCUUUUCCUUUGCUGGCCAAAAAGAAAAUCCUGUUUAAUUUAGUCAUGCAUUGUAUGGUUCCUGUUUUAGAGAAGGGGAAAUAUAUGAUACUUGUCUGACCAAAGCAAUUUUUUUGGGGGGGCCCACUAAAUACAGAGUUGAGUUCCAUCAUUCAGUGAUCUUGACGGAUUAUUUGUUGGAUGCUAUCAUGAAUUAGCUGUCUCAAAAAUAUCCACAUCGGAAAAAUCCUAGCUACAAGAUUGGUGGAGUAUUUCCUGUUGGAUGCCAACAGCUGGCUGAAUCGUUCAUUUACAGUCCGUCAGACUAUUAAGAUUGUCCUAAGGAUGACAUUUUCGUGGAUUAACGAAAUUUGUCCCCCAUUUGUAUGGUUGUAGGGUCAACCAGAAAACCCAUUAUUCAGCUGCGCUCUUAAUGAAUGCACUAUCGUAAAUUUCAUCUCUUUUGAUUUUUUGGGCAGGAUGAGAAUGGGCAUUGAAGAACAUGGUUUGUUUGAAACCUAACUUAGAUUUUCAGAAGAUUACAGUUUCCUGUGGACUCAUUUGGAAGUAGAAAUAGAAAUAUGGGAAUUACUAGUGAAUAAGGGUGUUUGAGAAGAUUGGGAUUAUUAGCAUUCCUUGGCUUCCACCCAAUUGAUUAUGGGAUUGUGAAAUCAAGAAAAUAAGAAGUUGGGGUUUCUCUUUCAUUGAAAUUUGAUUUCUAGUGGAGGGAUAUUCAAGAAAAAACCACUAGCUUCUGUUGCAGCAUUUGGGUUUCCUCUCUUUGUUUGUUGGGUCUAUACUUGCAAGUUAGAAUCAUGUCUGUGACGGCAGGCGUUAGCGACACUGUAAUCACGAUUAGAGAUAAGCUUCGAGGGAAGAUUGGACAGACCAAGGUGAAAAGGUAUUGGCCUGGUAAAGCCCCUGAAUGGGCAGAUGAUGCUGAUGAAGAUGGAGAUAUUAGAACAGCUCGAGCCGUUGCUCUUGAGAAAGCUUUUCCUAGCCAGGAUGAUUUGGAUGUUAAAGUAAAGGAUGACCCUAGGCUGCGUCGUCUAGCUGAGAGCAAGAUAGACAAUAAAGAAGAGGUGAGGGCUGACCAUCGGCGUAUCCGGCAAGCUGAGAUUGUUUCGACUAUAGAAGAGGAAAACAGGAGGCAAGAAAGAUUGGAUUUGGAGGAGGAGGACGAGGAUGCGUUGGAGGAAAGGAGGAGAAGAAUCAGGGAGAAAUUGCUUCAGAAGCAGCAGGAAGAAGGUGCACUUCUUCCAGAGGAAGAGGAAGAGGAGAUAGAGGAAGAGGAAGAGGAGGAAUCUGAGUAUGAAACUGAUUCGGAAGAAGAACAAUCUGGUAUUGCAAUGAUAAAGCCUGUCUUUGUCCCUAAGUCAGAGCGGGAUACCAUAGCCGAGCGUGAGCGGCUCGAAGCAGAAGAAAGGGCACUUGAGGAAUUGGUGAAGAGGAGGUUGGAAGAGCGGAAGGUGGAAACAAAACAGAUUGUUGUUGAGGAGAUCCGGAAGGAUGAAGAGAUCCAAAAGAAUUUGGACGUGGAGGCCAAUACUGCUGAUAUUGACACGGAUGAUGAGGUUAAUGAAGCAGAGGAGUAUGAAGCUUGGAAGGCUAGAGAAAUUGCAAGGAUAAAGAGGGAUAGAGAGGACCGAGAGGCUAUGCUGAAGGAGAAGGAAGAGGUCGAUAAGGUGAGAAACAUGACAGAGGAAGAGCGUAGGGAAUGGGAGAGGAAGAAUCCAAAACCCCUUCCUCCGCCCAAGCAGAAGUGGAGGUUUAUGCAGAAGUAUUACCACAAGGGUGCCUUCUUCCAAUCAGAAGUGGAUGAUUGUGCGGCAACAGCCAGGUCAGACGAGAUCUACAAGCGUGACUUCUCUGCUCCUACUGGUGAAGAUAAGAUGGACAAAACUAUAUUGCCCAAGGUCAUGCAAGUCAAGCACUUCGGGCGUAGUGGAAGGACUAAGUGGACCCAUCUUGUCAAUGAGGAUACGACUGAUUGGAACAAUCCGUGGACCUACAAUGAUCCUCUUCGAGCGAAAUAUAAUGCUAAAAUGGCCGGCAUGAAUGCACAGAUAACUAAGCCAAAAGGAAGCAAGAAGCUCAAGGAUUGGGAGUCCCAUUAAUUUAUUCUGUGAAUCCAUGUCUUGAGGUUCAAAAAUCUACUUCACCUGGGACUUGCAAGAGAAAUGCCAUUUGGAUUGUGGUUAUAUAGACGGUGGAUCUGUUUGCUGUCUCCCUCUUUUUCUUCUUUUUUUCCCUCUACACAUCUGCACGGGCAAAUGCUUGUAUUGAAGUAGGUGGUGUGUCAUUUAGCCCGUUUCACUUCCAGUCUCCAUUUCCAUCAGACUUCUAAUCAUUUGUGGUAGUAUUUCAUCGGAUUUCAAUAUAAACAAUAUGCAGGCACUUU